GAGUGUUGUGUGACAACCGUGUGUGUUUUGGAUAUACACAUUAUUUAAGUUUGAACAUUGUGUUUAGAUAUUUGGAAACCAGGUCUAUACAAAGAGGUGUGUGGAGUGUGUGAUGAAGGCGCACGUUAUCAGGCAGGGAUUGUUGCGCGGCUGAAGGUCACUGUAGAGAGCGCGAGACGCUCAGUGUAGAGGCAGCGCGCGAGCCGUGUGGUGUGUGAUGGUGCGCGUGUGCGAGUGACGAUGGAAGCAACGGCGACGAUGCCACCUGUAGAACUGGCUCCACAGCCACCCGAGGUGAAAACAGUGGAUACCAACGAGAAGACAGUGGACAACACUGUGGCGUUUCUUCAACAGGAGAUGACGGCUAGCAGCGUUGACGUAAAUGGUGAAGUGGAAGAGGAAGAUGGACAAGUGACAGAGGUGACAAAGAUAGAGUGUGAAACCUCUGAGAAUGGGCUAAAUGAAUCUGGUGACGCGAAUGACGUGGACGAUACGAUUGAAAACGAUGAACUAGCUCCUAUGAAAUACAACGAGAACGAACAAGUUUGGGUGAAACUCGACGAACAAGUUAAUACCGAAGUACUCGAAAACGCACAAGAAAGUGAACUAAAGGUCAUUGUUGAAGAAAUGGACAGUUUAGUUAUUGUCGAGGGCGAGAAUCAGACCGAGCAAUCCACUGAAGCGGAAAUAGACCAGCCUCUGAAAUUGGAACUGCACAUAAGCGAAUCCGACCUGGUGGAUAAACCUGAUGAGCCGAACGACGGGUUACACAUUGAAACAGAAGCGAAUGCGAAGGAGACGUACUCGUGUCAGAGUUCCCCUGGGUACAUCAAACCCCCGGUCAGAUCGACAAUUAUAAAACAGAGAUCACUCGACACUCAAGGUGCAUCUGACGAUGAGGGAGAGAUGGGACGUUCGAAAAGAGGUAGUUUGCACUCACCGUCGUCGAAAAUCUUGACAAAAAUGACCCCGAUGACGUGGGACCAGUGGAUGAAAAGACCUGCUUCUUACGUUCCGCCCAAAUCCCCCGAGAAAGACGCUAAACCUACCUCUCCUACUACGGAAGUCGAUGGGAAAGAAGAAAUCAAAGAGACAAAGGAGGAAACAAAGAAGGGUGAAAGUCCUAAAGUGAAGAAGACGAGGUUUCAAAUCACCCCUUCGAGCGCUGACGUCCUCGAAAUCAACCGCGACGAACCAAAGGUCUUGGAAACCUUUGACGAGACCGAAGAAGACAAAUUUCUGUUGGAAAACCCCAACGUGCUGGUGGAGAGCCACCUGAACGAACUGACGAUGGUGGAGUCGCAGCUGAAGAAACUGGGGGCUGCCGCGAAAGUGGGGGUGUGUACGAAGAGGUUGGGUCAGCCGGAGCCCGACCAGAAGUCCAUGGGUAGGGCGAGUUCCGGGGAUCAGAAGAGUAAAGGGUGGUUGGCGUGGUUGUCAGUGUUCACAAAGAAGCCUCCUCCGCCAUCGCCUCCGGUCAAGAAGCAGCCUGCCAGGAGACCUUGUCCGCAACACUCCAAAACUGCGGCUCGUCCUAGACCCGCAGGACCCAUCCUGGCCAACUACGACCCCAAGAUGGUGACCGUUAUUGAGGGCAGUGAAAAUGCGACGGCCGGCCGGGUGUCCUCAUCGAGGAGUCGCACCUCCGAUGAACCUCACAUCGGAAAAUACAAACUCCUCAAGACCAUUGGCAAAGGUAACUUUGCCAAGGUCAAACUGGCCAAACAUGUUCCCACGGGUAAAGAGGUAGCAAUCAAAAUAAUAGACAAGACACAAUUAAAUCCUGGAAGUUUACAAAAGUUAUUUAGAGAAGUUAGGAUAAUGAAGAUGCUAGAUCAUCCAAACAUAGUCAAGUUAUUCCAAGUGAUAGAGACAGAUAAGACAUUGUACCUGGUGAUGGAGUAUGCUAGUGGAGGAGAGGUGUUUGACUACCUCGUACUACACGGCAGGAUGAAGGAGAAAGAGGCUCGGGCCAAGUUUAGACAGAUUGUAUCUGCUGUUCAGUAUUGUCAUCAAAAGAAAAUCAUUCACAGAGACCUUAAGGCUGAGAAUCUAUUACUAGACAGUGAAAUGAACAUCAAAAUUGCUGACUUUGGCUUCAGCAAUGAGUUCACUCCUGGAAAUAAGUUAGAUACCUUCUGUGGGAGUCCGCCUUACGCCGCCCCUGAACUCUUCCAAGGUAAAAAGUACGAUGGGCCUGAAGUGGACGUUUGGUCGCUCGGAGUCAUUUUAUAUACCUUGGUGAGUGGAUCGUUACCAUUCGAUGGCUCGACGUUACGAGAACUAAGGGAACGGGUUCUCAGAGGGAAGUAUAGAAUCCCCUUCUACAUGUCAACCGAUUGUGAAAACCUGCUCAAGAAAUUCCUCGUGUUAAACCCAGCGAAAAGAGCGUCACUAGAGGGCUCGGCUUACAGCGCCCCACAGAAACCUGGCGAAACUACGCAGGAACCAUAUAACAUAAUGAAAGACAAGUGGAUGAAUAUGGGUUAUGAGGAAGACGAAUUAAAACCUUACGUUGAACCUGAUUCUGACUUCAAGGAUCUUAAAAGGAUAGGUUGUCCUGUUGUAGAAGCCCUAGUUGGAAUGGGUUACAGUAGAACAGAAAUUGAGGACAGCUUAGCGCAAGCUAAGUAUGAUGAUGUCUUUGCAACGUACCUGCUACUCGGACGAAAGUCUACCGAUCCGGAGAGUGAUGGGUCAAGGUCAGGAAGUUCACUGUCACUGAGGGGUAUGACACCAGGCACAGGCACGCCAGCCACCACGACCAAUGCUCAGUCUCCCAGCCAUCGGGGUGUACACCGAUCCAUCAGUGCUACCAACGCCAAGCCUAGCCGUCGCGCCAGUAGCGGUGGAGAGACCCUGCGUGAGUCGACUACGCCGGCCAACGGGGUGCAAAAUAGACGGCUGCUUAGCCUACUAGGCGGAGUACCAGCGGGCGGCACUGCCAACACGACCAACCACAAUCACAGUAGCGGCGGCGGCAACAGCACCACCGCGACUGCCAGCAACUUCAAGCGGCAAAACACCGUGGACUCGGCUACCAUCAAGGAGAAUACUGCGAGAAUCAACUCUCGGGCUCCGGCCAAGACUGCCAACCUACCUGUGCUUGACACAACGGGAACAGCAGAUGGAGCUAGUCCUGGCAAGCCCAGAGUGACCAAAUCCAACACUAUGCAAGGCAACCGUAUGUUUGCUCCAUCCGCCUCCAUGGGACGACGGUCAACCAUCAGUUACGAGGCGAAGGCCAGCAGCAACGAGAAGACCAACACUACAGGGGAGACACCGAGUGUGGUGACCGUGGACAGUCGCGCAGGCAAGGGUCACAUCAAGUCUGCGUCUAUAUCCACCUCGUCUGGACGGCCCACUCAUGAACUAGAACCCUCUCUAGAUCCUCUCCGACAAAGUGUUGGAGUGCGUUGUGGUCCUCCCGCCUCCCCCGCCCAGACCAAUCGUCAGCCGUUCCCCCGCAAUGUGCCGUCCCGCAGUACCUUCCACAGUGGCCAGAACCGCCAGCGAGGCUACGGCACUCCCUCCCCCACCGGUGCGCCACACGACGCCAACGCCAGGCCCUCCUUUUUCUCCAAGCUCUCGUCUAGGUUUUCUAAACGGACUGCCAAUUAGGAGGACGCUUCGCCCGAGCCAGCCGCAAGAUAUUACUUGACCGAAAAUAUUCUAUCGGAAAAGUACCUUGCUGCGGGAUAACCAUGUGGAAUAACAGUUGUACAUAUAUUUAACGUUCGCUGACAUCGUUGAAGAGAAGAGAGGAUUAAAUUUUCUUGUUAUAAAUAGUUCCAAUUGUAAUUAUGUACAGGUCUGGUUGUAUACAGGAAGUGUAGCGGGGUAGAGUUGUCCAGUGUAAGUUAGUUUUAAGGCCAACAGAUAAUGACAAGGGACUGAGGACAUAUUUUUUACUGAAAUGUAAUCUAGAGUGUUCACUAAUAUAAUUUUACUUGAAAUAGUUUUCCAUAAAUAUUAUUUACGAUAUCUAGAUGUUUGUUCCUUUAAUAUUAGUGUUUUCCUGCUGUUCCUUAAAAAGGUGAAUUGUUUAAAAUAAUAUCAUUGUGUACGCUAUGAACCGAAUUUGAUCAUUUACUUUGAUUUAUUUCAUUCUCAAUAAGUGUGGUAAUUACAAUAAAAUAAUUAUAUUGUCUUAUAGCUUAAUAAAUCACUGAUUAAACUCAAACUGGAUUCAAUGUGUUGUUUUGUUUCAGUAAAAUUGUUAUUAAAUAUCUCAUAAAAUCUUUUUUUUCUACAUUCUUGAUUUAUUUUUGCUAAUAUCAAUAUCGUUGAAAUUUGUAUCACAGGGUAGUUUAAGUGGCAUUUAUUUGAUUUGUUUCGAGUUUUUUUAGACCAAAAAAUUGUGUAAAAAUAUUGAUACAAAUUACCAGCUAAAUUUUAUCGGACAUCUGCUCCUAAAUUCAUGUAUUAUGAAUCUGCAAAUUUUAAAUCAAUUUUUAUUCUUUAGUUUGAUAAAAGUAAAACUCUUUAUAUUUUAUUUUGUCUUUUUAGGUAAGGUAAAUAAUCCCUUAUCAUUUUAAAAUACUUCAAUAAAUGAGAAUGCAUAUGAAAUGGUUUUUUGUGAGAUUUAAAAUUUUGAAUAACGCAUUAGUCAUUUUCCUGAUUCGCAAGUCGUUUGAUAUGUAAUCUAGUCACAUUUUUGCUCAGUUUAUAUGUGUUGUGUAUUUUAUUGUUAAGUCAUCUGCUGCAACUUUGUUAUUGAAGGAUUGACAAAAUGACCAAGUCCUAUAAUCAAAAUGAUGAAAUGAUAAGGGAUUACUUUUAACAGUAGCAUUUACUCAAUUGAUUAUCAAUAUACAUAAUUUGUAGUCAUCGUAAUAGUGCAAUUGAUCUUUUUAGUGUUAAGCUUUGUAUUCGGAUCAUAUUAAUACUCUUAUUAUAGCUUUUCUCGUACAUUUUUUUGUAAAUUUUGUACUUUUACCUUAAUUUGCUAGCAGUUUCUCUAGUAUUCCAUGGGUGUUUGGCCAGUCGUGCCUCGUCGGACAUUGUGCCUUAGCAACUCCGCGCCUUCAGUUGUCGUUCUGCCAUGGUCUCGUUACGAUAUUCCAUGUUUACUAUUGUUAUACCAAAGUGUACAUUGUCUAGUGUAUCGUCGGUAAACUUUUUGUUUGUAUAUAAUGUAACUAUUUUAAUAGUUGUUUUCACUUACAAAUUCUACUAGGCCAUCUUGCUCAUUUAAAACUCGAUCUAAGCGCUUUGUGGUAUCGCUGUUAAACAAUAAUCGACAUACAACUUGAAAGACUGUCUUUGACGUUUUAUUCUUCGUCUGUAAAACUAUAUUUUUAUAGGUUCAGAAUAGUUUGUGAAUCACAGGUAUUUUAAAACGCGUUGUAUGCACAAACUCUUCUAAUUAGCAUUUGCCAGAUACGAUUUAAAAUUUAACAUAAUUAGUCUAUGAACGUAUUGUCUUAUUAACCCAAAAUAAUCAAAAUGUUUAAGCGGCUUUUAGUUACCAAAUGACUUGUAAAUAAAAAGCUUUAACAGAGAAGCUGUGUCAGAAUAGAUUAGACAAAAUUAAGGUCAUGAACCCAUCAAUGUGUAAAUGUUCAUUUAAUGUAAAUCAAAGCAUGUAUGUGUUUUGUAAUUAGAAGAUACAUAUUGUUUAGUUUUUGCAUUUUGAUUGUGUACUAGUCACAAUUCUAAAUUUGAAUAUGAAUUUUUAGUGGUUUGAAGAGUUUUAUGAUCAUCUUUAUAAUGUGCGUUUGAUUUCUAUGGCUCUCCAGGUUUAUUAUCAUUUUAAGUCGACAGUCUGUCGUUAGUUUACUCAUUCAUAAAUGGAUAUAAAAGUAUUUUCACUUUAAGUCAAUGUUGUAAUUGGUCUAUGCCCGCCAAAGGAGUGUUAAUAAAGUUUUACUGAUAUAUA